CUAUAUAAAUAUUAAAGCACAGAGAUUGAGCUUAACAGCCAUAUCAAACCCCAAGAUAUAUGCGUACACAUCUAUAGUCUAUAUAUAUAUAUGUAUAUAUACACACGAAACCUCUGAACCCAGCUCAUCUUGUUAUAAUUUUUGUCUGUACCCAAAUCUUAAAUUCUCCAUAGCUAUUAUGUAAGUUUCUUCCUCUCUCAGCCUCUAAAAGAGAAAAAUGUUGUUCAUUUCGUUUCAAAAAGUGACUUUUCUUGAUGGUUUGGUUUUUUCGCUUAUAGAAUGAUCAAAUGAUGUCAAGAAGAAAUCGAUAACACCUCAUAGCUGUUGGUCUCAGUUAUGAUUGAUCAAAUCAACAUAAACAGAAACAACUUUCUUCAACACCGUUUAUUCUUUCUCUCUAAACAUCAUAUAAACACCAUCUUUUUUCUCAGUCAAACUUGAAUUGCAUUGCAUUUACCAAAUAGCUUCCCUUUUAAUCAAACAUGGGUCUCUCAAGUCUACCAGCUCCAUCCGAAGGAGUUCUGUGUGUAAUUUUAGUAAACACAUCACUUUCCCUCUCCAUUUUUAAAGGCCUUGUUAGAACCUUCCUUCAAAUAGUUAGUAUCUUCCUCUUUUCCUCUUCAUCUUCAACGCCACCACCGCCUUCAUUGUCAUCACCACCCUCAUCAGCAGAUUACAGGGAAAACCAUUCAGAAUCAUUUGAAUACAGCCGCAAUCCGUCAUACACUUACAUUGAGGAGUUUCGAAGCCGAGUUCCGGCCAUAAGAUAUGAUUCUAUGUGCGGCUGCAAGGAGGCAGAAGCAGGGCAUGACUGCUCAGUUUGUCUCAGUCAGUUUGAACCUGAAUCUGAGAUAAAUCACUUGGCUUGUGGCCAUCUUUUUCACCAAGUAUGCUUGGAGAAGUGGCUGGACUAUUGGAACACCACAUGCCCUCUUUGCAGGACUCCUUUAAUGUCUGAAGAAGACUCUACUUGCUUUUGGUGAUAGGCUUAUUCAACAAACAAAGAUUGUCAAGUCAACUCAAGUGAAGAAAAAUCUCAUGUACAGCUAGUGUGUAGAGGUAUUUAGAGGAAUGCAUCGGCUGGCCUAGUGUUGCUAUACCCUUAUGUUAUGUAUAUAUGUUGUGCGAGUUUAAAAGCUUUAACAUGAUGUUAGACACACCAAACCGAAAUUUUAUUGUACAUAUUUUUGAGGUUUCUGAACUCUGAUGUUUCUCUGUCUCCACUACCACCACCAGUACCACUUCCAGCAGCUUGAGUGUACUUUGACCUUUUGUUGAGUUUUUCAGUUUGCAGCUAGUCAUGUUUCAGUUUAGUUUAUCCAGAAGUAUAUAUUAUAUAUAUAUUAUAUACCAUCUUUCUUAUGCACCCAAAGAUGGUAUAUAAACGCAUAUAUGAUGAACUUGAGUACGGAGUCUUUCUAUGUCUAAACCAUGAUCAUCUAGCCAGUUAUCUCUUUUGUUAUUUAUGGGUGAAUUUUUGGUCUAGUUUGAAGGUUUGUAUCAACACAUGUGAUAUAUAUGAAAUUUUCUGGCUCUCAUAUCUUCUAAA